UUCAGUCAGGAGGGUGGAGCGGAGCACCAACAGGUGCAACACUAUAAAAAAAAAAAAAAUCUUUGUACCCGGAAGGAAAAAAAAAACAAUAAGCGACUCUUCGUACAGAGUUCAGUCCGUGUUUCUCUGGGAGCAGCCUGGGAGAUGGAUCAGAGGAACAUCCAGCAGGAAUUUCAGGACCAGUUCAACGAUGUGGUCUCCAGACUGCAGUCGAAGCAGAUGUUCCAGUCUGACUGGGACAUCGCUUCUUUUGCCAUCUUCUUUAUCUUCAUUGGCGUGGUUCUCACGUUGGUCUUGCUGGUUCUGAUCCGGUGCUGCUGCUGCUGCUGCGGCUGCUGUGACGAUGAAAAGCCACGCAGAAGAAAGGUCGGCAUAGAGAACUACGGCAUGGAGCCCUGAGCGACCCGGUCCGACCGCGGGAGGCCGAGCAGAACCUUCUCAUCCUCUUCCUGUGCCAAAACGCACACCGGAAUCAAAACGCUUCAGACAGAAUGUAAUUCCUGCACAAUGUUUUUUGUUUGCCCAAAUGGAAAGUUAGUAAUUGUUUUUAUUCCCACUCGCAGCUUUGUGAGUUUUGUUGCCAGGUUACCACAGAGCAGCUAGGAGACCUGUAUGUAGAUUUGCUAAAAAUGUUUCAAAUUUAAUUAAAUGUCUUUAUUGAGUAAUAAAGCAGUUUAAUGUUUG